AUGAAGAUUAUGUCCUUGAAUUUACGUGGGUGGGGUAAUACAGCUAAACGACGUCGUUUGAGCUCGUUGUUAAAAUCAGGUGCUUUCGAUAUAUGUUUGUUGCAAGAAACAAAAAGAUCUACUUUUGAUGACUUUAUGAUUCAUAACUUGUGGGGUCAUAAAGAUGUUGAAUGGGUGCUGAAAGAAUCUAUUGGUUUAUCAGGUGGUUUAUUGUCAGUUUGGAAUAAGGAGUUAUUCUCUUUUCAGUAUAGCUUCACAGGAGAUGGCUUUUUAGGUGUGUGUGUUGAAUGGAAUUCUGGCUUGCUGUACAUUGUUAAUAUCUAUUCUCCGUGUAGUAUGUCAGGAAAGCGGAAGCUUUGGAAAGACUUGAUAGAUUUUAAAUUGAACAAUGCAAAGGGUGAUUGGUGUCUAGGAGGAGACUUUAACGCGAUCUUGAAUUUGGGAGAAAGAAAAGGCAGCAGUGGAGGAAGGAGCCCGGUGGAGAGGUAUGAAUUUGAUCAGUUUAUUAAUGUUAUGGAAGUGAUUGAUAUACCUGUUUUGGGAAAGAAAUUUUCCUGGUUUAAUUCGGAUGGCUCAGCUAUGAGUCGUUUGGACCGAUUUUUACUAUCUGAAGGCUUUAUUGAGAAAGGAGGCAUAUCCAAUCAAUGGAUUGGUGAUCGUGACAUUUCCGACCAUUGUCCUAUAUGGCUUGUGUGUACUAAUCUCGAUUGGGGUCCUAAGCCUUUCAAGUUUAACAACUGUUGGUUAGAGCAUCCGAACUUCAUGUCUUUUGUUGCUGACGUUUGGGAAACGACGGUGAUUAGAGAGCGCCUGAAGGUGUGGAAUCGUGAGGUUUUCGGUCUUCUUGAUCUCAACAUUGAUAAAACUGUGAAGGAACUGAAUGAGAUAGAGGAAUUGGCCGCUAACGGGAUCGAUGAUCCUUCCUCUCACAAUACAAAGGAUUUGGUCAAAAAAUUCUAG